GAGGAACAUGAGCCUAUGGAGUCUGAAAUGAGCGACAUGGAGAAAAGGUAUGAAAGGUGGCUGGUACAACAUGGCCGAAGGUACAAGAACAGAGAUGAAUGGCAACAGCAUUUUGGGAUUUACCAAUCCAAUGUUCAGUUCAUCAACUACAUCAAUGCUCAAAACUUCUCAUUUACACUCACUGACAACCAAUUUGCAGAUAUGACAAAUGAAGAGUAUAAAGCUCUCUACAUGGGUCUUGGAACAUCAGAGACCUCAAGGAAGAACCAAAGCAGCUUCAAACGUGAGAGAAGUGAGGUUUUGCCAAGAAGUGUGGAUUGGAGGAAAAUGGGUGCUGUAACUCCAGUCAAGAAUCAAGGGGAAUGUGGAAGUUGCUGGGCAUUCUCUACUGUGGCAGCCGUGGAAGGCAUCAACAAGAUCAGAACAGGGAAAUUGGUGUCUCUGUCCGAACAAGAGCUCUUAGACUGCGAUAUUGACAGUGGGAAUGAAGGCUGCAAUGGUGGAUACAUGGUGAACGCAUUUAAAUUCAUAAAACAAAAUGACGGCAUCACCACUGCAAGAAAUUAUCCUUACAUAGGAGAACAAGGCAUUUGUAACAAAGACAAAGCUGCAAACCAUGUGGUGAAAAUCAGUGGCUAUGAGACAGUUCCUCCCAAUAAUGAGAAGAUAUUACAAGCUGCAGUAGCUAAACAACCUGUAUCUGUCGCAAUUGAUGCUGGUGGUUAUGAAUUCCAGCUCUAUUCCAAAGGGAUCUUCAAUGGCUUUUGUGGGAAGCAACUAAACCAUGCAGUAACAGUAAUUGGCUAUGGAGAAGAUAAUGGUAAAAAAUAUUGGCUAGUGAAGAAUUCAUGGGGCACAGGUUGGGGGGAAGCUGGCUAUGCAAGGAUGAUACGCGACUCCAGAGAUGAUGAAGGCAUUUGUGGCAUUGCCAUGGAGGCCAGCUACCCCAUCAAGGCCGUAAGUCUGGUAGGUGAAGCUGGUUCCUCCUCAUAGUUAUUUAUGUAAAAUAGAAGUAAAAUAUGAAAAGGGAAUUGGAUACAGACAAGCUUAUCAUAA